UGGUAGGCAGCCUGUGGCGGUGGCGUGCCGGGCGGACGCCUUCCGCGGUGCUGCGGCCCGCGUCGCGUCAGGCCCAGGCCGCGGCGGCGCUUUGUCGUAGGCGGGCGGGGCCGAGGGGCUGGGCGGCGCGGAGAGGGACCGGUGGCCGGGCUUGGCGCGUGGCCCGGCCUCGGGAAGGCCCUUCCCUCGUCUGCACUCCCGCGUGCCGCUUCUCGGCAGGCGCGCGGCCGCUUCGGAGCGGUCGGGAAGGCGGGGCUCCUAACGCCCGCGGCACCGUUGGUCGGCGGUGCGCGGCUUCCUUCGCCGCAUCGAGCUGGGAGCUGAGGUAGAGCGGGAAGGACGCCGGGGACCCGGGAGCUCCCCCGGGCCGGGGACCCGAGGUGCACCAUCAGCCUCCGAGCCGCCGUCUCCGCAGCUGACCUGGAACUCACUGUAUGGACCACGCUAGCCUCCAGCUUGUGGUGCUUUGCCCUAAGUGCUGAGAUUAGAGUGUGGUCUUUGUUGGGCUGGUGGCUUGGCAUCUUGUACCCAGGAUUUUCCUGUGCUGUUGGGAGUAUCUGGCUCCUUCCUCUUGUGGAGUUGUGUUUCUUUGUGUGGCUCUACCAUGGUUUGUUCAUUAGGUAAAGGGGAAUAUUACAUUGGAUAGAAAAGGGAGGUGAUAAUGCACCAUGGCAGUGGUCCUCAGAAUGUCCAGCAUCAGCUCCAGAGGUCUAGGUCCUUCACUGGGAGUGAAGAGGAGCAGCCAGCCCAUCCCAACUUACCCCCAUCGCCUGCAGCGCCUUUUGCUCCAUCAGCCAGCCCAUCUGCACCCCAGUCCCCUGGGUACCAGAUUCAGCAGCUAAUGAGCAGAAGUCCUGUGGCCGGGCAGAAUGUGAACAUCACACUACAGAAUGUUGGCCCUGUUGUGGGAGGAAACCAGCAGAUCACACUGGCCCCUCUGCCACUGCCCAAUCCCACUUCUCCAGGUUUUCAGUUUGGUGCACAGCAGAGGCGCUUUGAGCAUGGCUCUCCAUCGUACAUUCAAGUUACUUCUCCCCUGUCGCAGCAGGUCCAGACUCAAAGCCCCACACAGCCUAGCCCUGGGCCAGGGCAGGCCCUGCAGAAUGUUCGUGCAGGUGCUCCAGGCCCUGGGCUGGGCAUCUGCAGCAGCAGCCCCACUGGAGGCUUUGUGGAUGCCAGUGUGCUUGUGAGGCAGAUCAGCUUGAGCCCCUCAAGUGGUGGUCACUUUGUAUUUCAGGAGGCACCGGGCCUGACCCAGAUGGCCCAGGGAGCCCAGGUUCAACUCCAGCAUUCAGGAGCUCCCAUCACUGUCCGAGAACGGAGACUCUCACAACCUCAUGCACAGUCAGGAGGUACCAUCCACCAUCUGGGACCUCAGAGUCCUGCAGCUGCAGGAGGCACUGGAUUGCAACCUCUGGCCAGCCCGAACCACAUCACCACAGCCAGCCUGCCACCCCAGAUCAGCAGCAUUAUCCAGGGCCAGUUGAUACAGCAGCAGCAGCAGGUGCUUCAGGGGCAGCCACUGAACAGAUCUCUGGGGUUUGAGAGGACACCAAGUGUGCUGCUCCCUGGUGUUGGGGGACCUUCAGCAUUUGGAAUGACAUCCCCACCGCCACCCACCAGCCCAUCCAGAACCACCAUGCCUCCAGGCCUUUCCAGUGUGCCUCUCACAUCUAUGGGAAGCUCAGGAAUGAAGAAGGCUCCCAAGAAGUUGGAGGAGAUCCCUCCAGCUUCCCAGGAGAUGGCACAGAUGAGGAAGCAGUGCCUGGACUACCACUACAAGGAGAUGGAGGCACUUAAGGAAGUCUUCAAGGAGUACCUGAUUGAACUGUUCUUCUUGCAACAUCUUCAGGGGAACAUGAUGGAUUUCUUGGCUUUUAAAAAGAAGCACUAUGCCCCUUUGCAAGCAUAUCUUAGGCAGAAUGAUUUGGAUAUUGAAGAGGAGGAGGAGGAAGAAGAGGAGGAGGAAGAAAAAUCUGAAGUUAUCAAUGAUGAGGUAAAGGUUGUGACAGGCAAGGAUGGGCAGACUGGGACUCCCGUUGCUAUAGCAACCCAGCUUCCGCCAAAUGUUUCUGCUGCUUUUUCAUCCCAGCAGCAACUGUUUCAGCACCAAGCCCUGACUGGGAGCCUAGUGGUGGGGCCUGGCAGUGCCACAGAAGCCGACCCCUUUAAGAGGCAGCAGGUGAUGCCACCCACAGAGCAGUCUAAGAGACCUCGUCUUGAAGUGGGUCAUCCAGGGGUAGUUUUCCAGCAUCCAGGGGUGAAUGCAGGAGUCCCUCUGCAGCAGUUAAUGCCGACAGUCCAAGGAGGGAUGCCCCCAACUCCUCAGGCUACACAGAUCACUGGACAGAAGCAGAGCCAGCAGCAGUAUGACCCCUCCACAGGGCCUCCUGUGCAGAACGCCGCCAGCUUGCAUACCCCACCGCCACAGCUCCCUGCGAGGCUGCCUCCAGCCAGUGUCCCAGCCACAACCCUCCCUUCCACCUUACAGUUUUCACAGCAGUCACAGAUGGUGGAAGCCCCAACUCAGCUCCAAAUCCCAGUGAAGACUCAACAGCUGAAUGCCCCCAUCCCUGCCCCCCUGCCCAGCCAGCUCGCUGCUCCUCCACAGCCUGCCCAGCCGGCCCUCCACAUUCCGAUGCCCGGGAAGGCACAGAUGCAGACCUCUCAGCUUUCUUCCCAGACCCAGACAGUGGCAUCGACCAGGCCCCCCCUGGACUCUGCCCAGCCCUGCCAGCGGUCUCUGCCCACUUCCUCCUCUUCCUCAUCCCUUGUACCCGUGAGUGGCUCAGGCCCUGGACCCUCGCCUGCUCGUUCUUCACCAGUGCACAGACCCUCUUCUGCCACCAGCAAGGCUCUGUCUCCCAUCACUUCCCGGUCUCCAGGGGCAGCAGUGCCAGCUCCCCCCAAGCCACAGAGUCCUGCUCAGAAUGCAGCCUCAUCCCAGGACGGUUCUCAGGAUAAACUGGCAGAACAAAUAACACUGGAAAAUCAGAUCCAUCAGCGAAUAGCAGAUUUAAGGAAGGAAGGCUUGUGGUCCCUAAGGCGGUUGCCAAAGCUUCAAGAGGCUCCGCGCCCUAAAUCUCACUGGGAUUAUCUGCUAGAAGAGAUGCAGUGGAUGGCCACAGACUUUGCUCAAGAGCGGAAGUGGAAACUGGCUGCUGCUAAGAAGCUUGUCAGAACCGUAGCCCGGCAUCAUGAGGAAAAGAAACUUCGUGAGGAAAGAGGGAAGAAGGAAGAGCAGAGCAGACUGAGACGCAUUGCUGCUACCACAGCCCGCGAAAUAGAAUAUUUUUGGUCAAAUAUUGAACAGGUUGUGGAAAUAAAACUACAAGUAGAAUUAGAAGAGAAAAGGAAAAAAGCCUUAAAUUUACAGAAAGUUUCCAGAAGAGGGAAAGAGUCCAGAUUAAAGGGAUUUGAUACAUCACCAGAACACUUUCUGGAUCUAGGACUAUCUGGAAGGAAAAGAAAAGCUAGCACAUCUUUGACUGAUGAUGAAGUGGAAGAUGAAGAAGAGACCAUCGAAGAGGAGGAAGCACAUGAAGGGAUUGUAGACCAUCACACAGAACUUUCUAAUCUGGCCAAAGAAGCUGAAUUGCCCUUAAUUGAUUUGAUGAAGUUGUAUGAAGGUGCCUUUCUGCCAAGUUUUCAGUGGCCACAGCCUGAACCUGAUCAUGAAGAGUCAAGCGGGGAAGAGGAUGUGGAAGACUGUCCUAGUGACAGGGAGAGCCGGAGGGACUCAGUUCUCAUUGACUCACUCUUCAUCAUGGAUCAGUUUAAAGCUGCAGAGAGAAUGAGCAUUGGAAAAUCUAACACCAAGGACAUCACAGAAGUUACUGCUGUGGCUGAAGCCAUUCUCCCUAAGGGCAGUGCCCGGGUCACAACUGCGGUGAAGUUUAGUGCUCCAUCUUUGCUGUAUGGUGCUCUCCGAGACUACCAGAAGAUAGGCCUUGACUGGUUGGCCAAGCUAUACCGGAAGAAUCUCAAUGGCAUAUUAGCUGAUGAAGCUGGGCUUGGGAAAACUGUGCAGAUCAUUGCUUUCUUUGCUCACCUUGCAUGUAAUGAAGGUAAUUGGGGCCCUCAUCUUGUUGUCAUGAGGAGUUGUAACAUACUCAAGUGGGAACUUGAGUUGAAACGCUGGUGUCCUGGCCUCAAAACUCUUUCUUAUGUUGGCAGCCACAGAGAACUCAAAGCAAAGAGACAGGAGUGGGCUGAGCCCAACAGCUUCCACAUCUGCAUCACGUCCUAUAAGCAAUUCUUCAGGGGCUACACUGCCUUCUCAAGGGUGCACUGGAAAUGCCUUGUCGUUGAUGAAAUGCAGCGGGUGAAGGGCAUGACUGAGCGGCACUGGGAAGCCAUCUUCAAGCUGCAGAGCCAGCAGCGCCUGCUUCUGAUUGACGUGCCUCUGCACAACACUUUCCUGGAGCUCUGGACCAUGGUACACUUUCUCAUUCCUGGAAUCUCCAGGCCUUACCUGAGCUUCCCCCUGAAAGCUCCCAAUGAGGAAAACCAGGAUUACUAUCACAAAAUGGUCAUAAGAUUACACAGGGUCACACAGCCAUUUAUUUUGAGGAGAACCAAGAGAGAUGUGGAAAAACAGCUGACCAGGAAGUACGAGCAUGUUCUGAAGUGCCGCCUUUCCAGUCGGCAGAAGGCCUUGUACGAGGAUGUCAUCCUACAGCCUAGGACUCAGGAAGCUCUGAAGAGUGGACACUUUGUCAGUGUCUUGAGUGUCUUGACUCGGCUACAGCGGAUCUGUAACCAUCCUGGGCUGGUAGAGCCACGGUUACCAGGCUCCUCCUAUGCAGCAGGCUCUCUGCAGUAUCGGUCAGCCUCUCUAAUUCUCAGAGUUCUGGAGAGAGAGUUCUGGAAGGAAACUGAUCUUUCUAUAUUUGACCUCAUUGGGCUAGAAAAUAAAAUCACUCGCCAUGAGGCUGAUUUACUGUGUAAGAAAAAAGUGACUAGGAAACUCAUGGAGGAAGUCUUUGCUUCACCACCUCCGACAGCCCGGCCAGCAACCAUGAAGCUCAAGGCCAGCAGGUUAUUUCAGCCUGUGCAAUACGGCCAGAAGCCUGAGGGUCGCACCGUGGCAUUCCCCAGCACACAUCCACCUCGGAUGGCAACCACCAAUACAGCCACUGCUGCCCCACAGGGCCAGGUUCGAGGACGGCCACCGAUUGCUACUUUUUCUGCUAACCCAGAUGCAAAAGCAGCAGCAGCCCCGUUUCAGAACUCUCAGGCUUCCGUCGGUGCGCCUCGACACCAACCCACCUCGACAUCCAGCACAGCAGCAGGCCCAGCCCAUCCUUCGAAACUGCGGGCUCAGACCGCUGUCCAGGCCUCCACCCCAGGCCCACCCCUGCCCCUGCCCCAGACCCCCUCGCUGGUGGCCGGGCAGAGUGCACCGCCCCAGCGGCUGGUGCUUACCUCGCAGGCCCAGGCCCGCUUGCCCAGUGGGGAAGUAGUGAAAAUCGCUCAGCUGGCAUCCAUUGCCGGGCCACAGAGCCGUGUGGCCCAGCCAGAGACACCUGUGACACUGCAGUUCCAGGGGAACAAAUUCACUUUGUCCCAUAGCCAGCUGCGGCAGCUAACAGCAGGCCAGCCCCUGCAGCUCCAAGGCAGUGUACUCCAGAUCGUGUCAGCCCCUGGGCAGCCCUACCUUCGAGCCCCUGGCCCCGUGGUGAUGCAGACCGUGUCUCAGGCAGGCGCUGUGCAUGGUGCCCUGGGAAGCAAGCCCCCAACCAGUGGCCCUAGCCCCGCACCCUUGACCCCACAAGUUGGUGUUCCGGGUCGAGUAGCAGUGAGCGCCAUGGCUGUUGGAGAACCUGGGCUGGCUUCCAAACCAGCUUCUCCUGCUGCAGGGCCCACCCAGGAGGAAAAAAGCAGACUUUUGAAGGAACGGUUGGAUCAGAUACAUUUUGUCAAUGACCGGCGCUGUUCCCAAGCCCCAGUGUAUGGCAGAGACUUGCUGAGGAUUUGUUCCCUUCCUGGCAGAAGGAAGAGGCCAUUGUGCUGGUCUUUAGAUAGCAACCUUGGGAAGGGUGCCAGAGCAGCAAACUGUUACAUGUCACCCUCAAAAAGUAAAGGUGAUCUGAUUGUGACAGUGAGUCAGCGACAAGAAUCUCUUCAAGAUGUUCUUGACAGGGUAGCCUGUGUGAUUCCUCCAGUAGUGGCAAUGCCACCCUCCCUGUGGGUGGCGAGGCCGCCCUCCCUGUACAGCAGCAGGUUGCGAGCUCUGAGACAGUGCCUGAGGGAGCACACCCGCCCCUACCACCGGCAGCUGCAGCACCUGACAACACUUCGCUCACUCCAGUUCCCGGAGCUGAGACUGGUACAGUUGGACUCAGGGAAGUUAGAAGCUUUAGCAAUCCUGCUACAGAAACUGAAAUCUGAAGGACGACGAGUGUUGAUUUUAUCUCAGAUGGUUCUUAUGCUGGACAUUUUAGAGAUGUUCUUGAACUUCCAUUAUCUCACCUACGUACGGAUUGAUGAAAAUGCCAACAGUGAACAACGGCAGGAGCUGAUGAGGAGUUUCAACAGAGACAGGCGGAUUUUCUGUGCCCUUCUCUCUACCCAUAGCCGUGCCACUGGCAUAAACCUUGUUGAGGCUGACACCGUGGUGUUUUAUGACAAUGACCUAAAUCCAGUUAUGGAUGCCAAGGCCCAGGAGUGGUGUGAUAGAAUUGGGAGGUGCAAGGACAUCCAUAUAUACAGGCUUGUCAGUGGCAAUUCUAUUGAAGAGAAAUUGUUGAAAAAUGGAACUAAAGAUUUAAUCCGAGAAGUAGCUGCUCAGGGAAAUGACUACUCUAUGGCAUUCUUAACUCAGCGAACUAUCCAGGAGCUGUUUGAAGUUUACUCGCCCAUGGAUGAUGCUGGCUUUCCUGUGAAAGCUGAAGAAUUUGUGGUGCUUUCUCAGGAACCAUCUGUCAGCGAAACCAUUGCACCCAAGAUUGCAAGACCUUUCAUAGAGGCCCUCAAGAGCAUUGAGUAUCUGGAGGAAGAUGCCCAGAGGUCCACGGAGGAAGCUGUGCCUGGACCCAGUACUGUAGUUGUGUCUUCAGACUCUGACAGCUCUAGAUAUGAUGAGGAGCCAUCGCAGCUGGAGGAGCUGGCUGACUUUAUGGAACAGCUUACACCAAUUGAAAAAUAUGCACUGAAUUACUUGGAAUUGUUCCAUACGACCAUUGAACAAGAAAAAGAGAGAAGCAGUGAGGAUUUGGUGAUGGCAUCAGUGAGGGACUGGGAAUCCCAAAAUGCUAGGGCCCUACAGGAAAGGGAGGCCCAGCUGCAGCUUGAGCAGGAGGAGGCAGAGCUUCUCACCUACACGCGGGAGGACGCUUACAGCAUGGAGUAUGUCUAUGAAGGUGCUGAUGGACAGACAGAAGUUAUGCCGCUCUGGACACCACCCACUCCUCCUCAGGAUGACAAUGACAUCUACAUUGACUCGGUUAUGUGUCUCAUGUAUGAGACCACACCCAUCCCAGAAGCUAAACUGCCUCCUGUUUAUGUGAGGAAGGAGCGCAAGCGACACAAAACAGACCCCUCAGCUGCAGGCAGGAAGAAGAAGCAGCGGCAUGGUGAGGCCGUUGUCCCACCACGAUCCUUGUUUGACCGGGCAGCACCCGGCAUGUUGAAAAUCCGUCGUGAAGGCAAGGAGCAGAAGAAGAACCUGCUGCUGAAGCAGCAGACACCCUUCGCCAAGCCUCUGCCUACCUAUGUCAAGUCCUCCGGGGAACCUGCCCAGGACAGUCCCGACUGGCUCAUUGGCGAGGACUGGGCCCUGCUGCAGGCUGUAAAGCAGUUACUUGAGCUGCCCUUGAACCUCACGAUUGUGUCACCUGCCCACACUCCUAACUGGGACCUUGUCAGUGAUGUUGUCAACUCCUGCAGCCGAAUCUACCGGUCUUCCAAGCAGUGCCGGAAUCGUUAUGAGAACGUCAUCAUUCCCAGAGAGGAGGGGAAGAGUAAGAACAACCGUCCACUCCGCACAAGCCAGAUUUAUGCCCAGGAUGAGAAUGCCACUCACACCCAGCUGUACACAAGCCACUUUGACCUGAUGAAAAUGACAGCUGGCAAGAGAAGCCCCCCAAUCAAGCCUCUGCUUGGCAUGAACCCCUUUCAGAAGAACCCCAAACAUGCCUCUGUGCUGGCAGAAAGUGGAAUCAACUAUGACAAACCGCUGCCUCCCAUUCAAGUUGCAUCUCUCCGUGCAGAGCGAAUUGCAAAAGAAAAAAAGGCUUUGGCUGAUCAACAGAAGGCCCAGCAGCCACCUGUGACACAGCCGCCUGCUCAGCAGCAGCAGCAGCAACAACAGCAGCAGCCCCCACCACCUCCACAGCAGCCACCACCACCACUGCCUCAGCCACAGGCAACAGGCAGCCAGCCACCAGCAGGACAGCCUGCUGUCCAGCCCCAGCCCCAGGUCCAGGCCCAACCACAGCCGGUGCAGGCACAGUCAAAGGGGCAACCCACAAUGACAACUGUGGGCAAUGCUGCUGUGCUGGCAGGAACCAUUAAGACAUCAGUCACUGGAACAAGCAUCCCAACAGGCACUGUGAGUGGAAAUGUGAUUGUGAACACAAUAGCGGGUGUCCCUGCUGCUACCUUCCAGUCCAUUAACAAGCGUUUGGCCUCACCUGUGGCUCCUGGAGCUUUGACUACAUCCGGAGGUUCUGCUCCUGCUCAGGUGGUCCACACCCAGCAACGAGCAGUUGGUUCCCCAGCCACAGCCACCACUGACCUGGUGUCCAUGACAACAACUCAGGGUGUUCGAGCAGUUACUUCCGUGACAGCCUCAGCUGUGGUCACUACCAACCUGACUCCAGUGCAGACCCCAACCCGAUCCUUAGUGACCCAGGUGUCCCAAGCCACUGGAGUUCAACUACCUGGAAAAACCAUCACUCCUGCUGCCCACUUCCAGCUUCUUAGGCAGCAGCAGCAGCAGCAGCAGCAGCAGCAGCAACAGCAACAGCAGCAGCAGCAGCAACAACAGCAGCAGACCUCCCAGGUGCAAGUUCCACAGCUCCAGGGCCAGGCCCAGUCCCCUGCACAGAUCAAAGCUGUGGGCAAGCUGGCACCGGAACAUAUCAUCAAGAUGCAGAAACAGAAGAUGCAGCUGCCACCUCAGCCCCCACCACCACAGGCCCAGCAAGGUCCCCCACAGCAACCAGCACAAGUGCAAGUGCAGCCCCCACAGCCCCCACAGCAGCAACAGAGUCCUCAGCUCGCCACAGUCACAGCUCCACGGCCGGGGGCCUUACUCACAGGCACCACUGUGGCCAACCUCCAAGUGGCUCGGCUUACCCGGGUCCCUACUUCUCAGCUGCAGGCACAAGGGCAGAUGCAAACUCAGACGCCCCAGCCUGCUCAGGUGGCCUUGGCAAAGCCUCCAGUGGUAUCUGUCCCAGCAGCUGUGGUCUCCUCGCCGGGGGUCACGACCCUGCCUAUGAACGUUGCAGGGAUCAGCGUGGCAAUUGGACAGCCACAAAAAACAGCAGGGCAGACUGUUGUGGCCCAGCCCGUCCAUGUCCAACAACUGCUGAAACUCAAGCAGCAGGCAGCCCAGCAGCAGCAGAAGGCCAUCCAGCCCCAGGUUGCCCAGGGCCAGGCUGCCGUCCAGCAGAAGCUAACCACUCAACAGAUCACUGCUCAGGGCCCACAGCAGAAGGUCGCCUAUGCUGCCCAGCCAACCCUUAAAACCCAAUUUCUGACCACACCCAUCUCCCAGGCCCAGAAACUGGCUGGGACUCAGCAGGUGCAGACACAAAUCCAGGUUGCAAAACUUCCUCAAGUUGUGCAGCAGCAAACAUCUGUGGCCAGCAUCCAGCAGGUUGCAUCUGCUUCUCAGCAGGCUUCUCCACAGACAGUGACACUCACGCAGGCAACAGCAGCAGGGCAACAGGUGCAGAUGAUCCCGACAGUGACUGCAACAGCACAGGUGGUGCAGCAGAAGCUCAUCCAGCAGCAGGUGGUGACUACAGCCUCUGCCUCACUGCAGACCCCUGGAGGUCCAAGCCCAGCACAGCUUCCAGCCAGCUCUGACAGCCCAAGCCAGCAGCCCAAGUUGCAGAUGCGAGUCCCUGCUGUGAGGCUGAAGACACCCACCAAGCCUCCAUGCCAAUAGGAAGGAAACUGGUUAGUACUAUGUAGGGCAAGGCUGUCUUAGCAGAAUGCUACAGUUUUUGGACUCUGGGAUCUGCUGCCUAGGUUGGCCAAAGUUGUUUGACUUUCUCCUGUGUGUAUGUGACUAGCUGAAAAAGCAACAUUUGCAGUCUUUGAUGGUUUCACUGUUUGGGUAGUGCCCACACCAGUCUUUUAAAAAGCCCUUUAGUGUUUCUUUUGUAGUGCAUACUACUUAGUACAUGGUAGGGGCAGCAUGUCCUACAGCAGGCUCUAGCUCAGACAUGGUCUUUGGUACCAUUGUUCAGGGAGAUGCAUCAUAGUCUUUCAGGAGAGAUGACAGUAGACCAUCAGAGACCUCCCUCCCCCCCCAACACCCUUCUCUUUCCAGACUGCACGCUGGUCCUCUCUUACCCUUUUCAAUAUGCCAGUGAGGUCCUGGCUUGCAUUAUGAGCACCCAUCUUGUCCCAGUGGGCACUGGCUUUCCUUUGAAUGAGGCUCUGGGACUGAUGCCAUCUCUGCAUAGCCAAAUUGUGUUUAGACACACUACUGGGAUCCUUUGCAGUAUUCUUGUGACAAGCUAGUGUGAGUCUCAGGUGCUGUACACAUGUAUAUGGCAAGUGGGGCAGCCUGGUGUAGCUGGUACCAGGGUUACUGUCCCCUUAUUGUUGUCCUGGUCUAGUCUGGAGAGCUUAGUAUUCUUAGGAAGAAGGCAUCUAUUGUACCACUCCCCAGCAGCUUUCAUGGAUUUUAGAUGUCUUGACUGAGCAACAACUGAUGCCUGGUUGUGCCUGUCAUGCUAAUGUAGUGACAGGCCUGCAGUUGGAGGACAAAGAGUUAGGAUGGAGUUCAGUCCUAUUUCACUCUUCUUAGCACUGUAAGGUGACUUGUGUGCCUUCUUACCUGCCAGAGUGGAAGGUCCAUGUUCCACAUCAGGGCUGAUGCCUGGAAGUUAAGUCUGUGAGGUCUGUGCUGUCCGCACUGCAGCCUUGAAGACAGGAGUUGUAUUGAGUAUUCUUCCCUGUCAUGUUCAUCCCACCUUUUGUGUGCUGUGUGGGCAGGAAUGUGACGAUACAUCCUAAAGCCCAGCCAGAACUCACUUUUGAGCUCUUAAUGUGAAACUUGGGGGUCAAAGUAGCAAUUAGGUGUUGAAAAACCAGAAGAGGUUUAGUAAUUUUCCAUGAACCUGUCCUGUAUGUGGUCUACAAGCAAAAACCCACUGUGUUUGGCUUGGUGUGUGCUGUAGUGGGGGGAAGAGCCUUUGGAGGAUCCUGUUCCCCAUAGUCCUCAGGCAGAACUGAGCUCAGUGGGUCCUUUGUCAGUGUCGCACUCACUUUUCUCCAUCCUUCCUGCUGUUGUUGCAGCAUCCUUCAGUGUGCCCAAGCCCAGUGGUUGGAUGGAGUUAGAGGUGGGGGGAUUGGUCUUCAUUUUUCAACCAGAUAGCUGUUUGUUUUGUUGGGGAUUUUGUGUGUGUGUGUGUUUUGUAAUAUAAGAAACAGGACUGAAAUUGUAAAUACUUUGUAAACACAGCAUUUGUACUUGAAUAGGAUUUUAAAAGGACACUGCUGUCCUACCAAGCAAAGGCUAAUAAAAGUGACCUUUCUACA